UCUGCACACUGAAGCUGAACCGGGAGAUAUUUUCUUUGUUUUAGAUAUUAGAGUAUUCUUGGGCUUACCAAUCCCAAUAGUCUCCGCCACUCUGCUCCCAUACCAUCUAUGGAGUCCUCUGCAGUUCUCCCUCUUUCUCAGUUCCCUUACUUCUCCCCGCUGAAAUCCGGCAGCAAGAAAACUUAUCCUUCCUGGCCAUGCAGGCCAAGGAGCUCUCAAUCCACUCGCUUGCAUUGCCAAAAGAUGUAUGUCCCUGGAUUUGGAGAAGCAUCACCAGAAGCAAAAGCGGCAAAAAACCUCCAUAAUUUCUUCACUUACAUUGCAGUGAGGAUUGUCACAGCACAGCUUCAGAGCUAUAACCCGGAGGCAUAUGAGGAGUUGAUGGAAUUCUUGAAUAGCCACUCUUUAAAUGAUGGAGACAAGUUUUGUGCCAGUUUGAUGAGAGAAUCUUCAAGGCAUAAGAGUUUAGCUCUUCGUAUCUUGGAGGUUCGGUCUGCUUAUUGUAAAAAUGAUUUUGAAUGGGACAACUUGAAGCGGCUAGCAGAUAAGAUGGUGAAUGAAUCUAACACGAGACUCAUGAGGGAUUAUGUCUUGGAAACCAGUCAUGCAGACAGUGAGAAGUAAUUGAUCACUACACCUGCUUCUCUAAGACGUGAAUGCGA